AUGGGAGAGGUUGGGAUGGAAGCAUGGAUGCCUGUUUGCCUUGUGCCGUGUGCCGUUUCUGGGUUAGUCAACGGCGAAGCAGUCUCGUCUCGAUACAUAGGAGUAGUGUUCUCAGUCGUGAUCCGGGCAGAGGAAGCGGUCUGGUGGGGAGCCUUCGAGGAGUUGGGUUGGGUGCUAAAGGGUCGCGCCUUCCCUAGUCUAGCCGAGCCUUUUCAAGCCCCCCUCAUUGACUUAGUCGUGGCCGAGGAGGCGAAGUGGCAUACACAAGUACCCUGGGCAAGACAACGCUUUUUGCCAUCCACCUUUCGCGCGCCGCGUUUAGCCUUGUCCCCUCGUCCCAUUCCCCUUCCCCCCUCACCCCCCUCAACGGCGGCCGCCUGCCUGCCUGCCUGCCUGCCUGCCUACCUGCCUUCACCUCUUCUUCUUUUCUUCGUCGUCGUCGUCGCCGCCUUCGUAUUCUUCUCUUUCUUCUGCUCCUGGACCCGCCUCUCGCGCCCGCCUCACUUUACUCGCUCCUUCCCUUUUACGACCCACAGUCCAUCUCUUCGCCCCCGAGUUUCCCUCGCCGGCCCAGCCAAGAUGGGCGACCUCGCCAACCGCAAGGUGUUCAAGGUGUUUAACCAGGAGUUCAUCGUGGAUGAGCGAUACAAUGUGACCAAGGAACUAGGACAAGGUGCUUAUGGUAUCGUCUGCGCGGCUACCAACAAUCAGACUGGCGAAGGCGUGGCCAUCAAAAAAGUCACCAAUGUCUUCAGCAAAAAGAUUCUCGCCAAGCGUGCUCUGCGCGAGAUCAAGUUACUACAGCACUUCCGCGGACAUCGAAAUAUUACAUGUCUCUAUGACAUGGACAUUCCCCGCCCAGACAACUUCAACGAGUGCUAUCUUUAUGAGGAGCUCAUGGAGUGCGAUCUGGCGGCCAUCAUACGGUCUGGUCAGCCAUUGACCGACGCUCACUUUCAGUCCUUCAUCUACCAGAUCCUUUGCGGUCUCAAGUACAUUCACUCGGCCAACGUCCUCCACCGCGAUCUCAAACCGGGUAACCUGCUGGUCAAUGCCGACUGCGAACUUAAGAUUUGUGAUUUUGGUCUGGCUAGAGGCUUCUCGAUGGAUCCAGAAGAAAAUGCAGGAUAUAUGACGGAGUACGUUGCUACCCGCUGGUACAGAGCCCCCGAGAUCAUGUUGAGCUUCCAAAGCUAUACAAAAGCCAUCGAUGUUUGGUCCGUUGGUUGCAUUCUCGCCGAGUUGCUCGGUGGCAAGCCCUUCUUCAAGGGCCGCGAUUAUGUUGAUCAGCUGAAUCAGAUCCUCCACUAUCUUGGAACACCAAACGAGGAGACCCUGUCGCGAAUCGGAUCGCCGCGAGCUCAGGACUAUGUCCGCAACCUCCCAUACAUGGCCAAGAUCUCGUUCCAAUCGCUCUUCCGCAACGCAAACCCCGAUGCUCUGGACCUUUUGGACCGCAUGCUGGCAUUUGACCCUUCAAGUCGUAUUUCUGUCGAGGAAGCGCUAGAGCACAGGUACCUACACAUCUGGCAUGAUGCCUCGGACGAGCCAUCAUGUCCUACUACAUUCGACUUCCAGUUCGAGGUGGUGGAGGAGAUCAAUGAUAUGAAGAAGAUGAUUCUUGCAGAAGUCAAUCGCUUCCGCCAGAUGGUUCGCGUACAGCCCGGUGCAGGCGCCGGAGGUCAGGGCCAAGCACCUGCCGUUCCUAUCCCCAACAACUACGACCGUGCGGGCUAUGAAGAUCCAAGACCACAAGAGGCUUUCAACCAGGGUAGCUGGCAAGGAAACGAUCUCGAACGCGAUCUUCAGGGCCUCGAUGGAAGGCUAAGAUAG